GUCCUGUUGCCUCCAUGAAUGUCUCCAGAGUCACAGAAUUUGUCUUCCUGGGUCUUUCCAGAUCUCGAUAUAUCCAGCUUCUUCUAUCUGUACUCUUUGUGAUGUGCUACACUGCCAUUCUGUUGGGCAACCUCCUCAUUGUAUUGACUGUGCAUAUAGAUCCACGCCUUCUAAAGUCACCCAUGUAUUUUUUCUUAGCUAAUUUAUCCAUCCUUGAUACUGCCUUGGGUUCAGUGGUUGUCCCCAAGAUGGCAACAGAUAUGAUCACCUGUGGCAGAACCAUCUCAUAUAGGGACUGUAUGUCCCAGCUCUUUUUUCUACACUUCUUUGGAGGUUCAGAGGCAUUUCUUCUUAUUCUCAUGGCCUAUGAUCGCUAUGUGGCCAUUUGUCACCCACUGACAUACACAAUGAAGAUGAACCGUCCACACUGCAUCAGACUCCUGUGUCUCUGUUGGGCUGGAGGCCUCCUCCACUCUGCCAGCCAGCUGUUCCUGGUCCUGAGGCUGCCGUUCUGUGGGCCGAAUGAACUGGACAAUUUCUUUUGUGACGUUCCACAGGUAGUCAAACUGGCUUGUGUUGACACCCGUGUCACUGAGAUACUCAUGGUGGCCAAUAGUGGCCUGAUAUCUCUGGUUUGUUUUGUCAUCUUGCUGAUCUCCUAUGGCAUCAUCUUGAGCACGCUUCAAGGCCACCUCAGAGAGAGUGGAGGGAAGGCUCUGUACACCUGUAGCUCUCACUUGACAGUGGUCAGCCUUUUUUUUCUGCCUUGCCUCUUUGUGUACCUUGUCCCCAUCUUCAACUCCAGUCUGGACAAGGUGAUUUCUGUAUUUUAUACCACAAUCACUCCUUUCCUUAAUCCUAUGAUAUAUUCUCUAAGGAAUCAGGAAAUGAAAGAGGCAAUGGGCCGGGUGACAAAGAAAUGCAUUUUU